CCCCGGCCGGCAGGGUGGGAGCUCCCAGGGCCCGGCCCACCGCAUCCGGCGGCCGAGAGUGACUUCCUCUAGAGGGAGCUGAGCGCGGCGGCGGCGGGCACCUCUAGGAUCUGUGCAGCCACGGGUCCCUCGCCCAGGGUCGGCGCGGCGGCGGCAUCCGGACCUUGGCAAUGCUCUGACGGCAGCCGGUUUCGGGAAGCCGGCCUGAAGCACCUUCCCGGGGAGCUCGGACCUCGGCCCUGCUGAGCCAUCGGGCCGGCCGGAGCCCGGACAGGCUGACACUGUUACCCGCUAAGACCUGAGCGAUGGCAUCUGACCAAGGCCCGGGUCCCCCCGAGGAGGGGUGCAGAGAGGCCGCCCCACCGUCCGAAGCGGAGCAGCAGGUGGCCCGGGACACCGAGGAGGUUUUCCUCAGCUAUGUGUACUACCGCCAUCAGCAGGAGCAGGAGGCCGAGGGGGCAGCUGCCCCCACUGACCCUGAGAUGGAUGCCCUGCCGCUAGAUCCAAACAGCACCCUGGCCCAGGUGGGUCGGCAGCUGUCCAUCAUCGGAGAUGACAUCAACCAGCGCUACAACACCGAGUUCCAGAGCCUGCUGCAGCAGCUGCAGCCCACGGCGGACAACGCCUACGAGCUGUUCCUCAAGAUUGCCUCCAGUCUCUUUGAGAGCGGCAUCAACUGGGGCCGUGUGGCGGUUCUCCUGGGCUUUGGCUAUCGCCUGGCCCUGCACGUCUACCAGCACGGCCUGUCUGGCUUCCUGGGCAGGGUGACCAGGCUGGUGAUCGAUUGCAUGCUGCACUACUGCAUUGUCCAGUGGAUCGUGGACAAAGGCGGCUGGAAGGCAGCCCUGAACUUGGUUAAUGACCCCUUCUGGAAAGUGGUGAUGAUCCUUGCCCUGGUUCUGGUCGGAAAAUAUGUGGUACGAAGAUUCUUCAAGUCGUCCUGACACCUGAGGGGCCCUUUGGGGUCCCAGCUGUGACACCUGCAUUUCAACCCGAACUUCUCCCCCUCCUCUCCCCUGCAGGACUUCCCCCACCCCAAGAGUACACAAGCUUUAGCAAGUGGGCACCCCAGCAUCAGGGGGCCCCUGCCUGGGGUCAUUCAGGCUGCACAAUGGCCCCAACAUUGCAUGGUGCUACCAGGCCCGUCAUGGGCCUCCAUCCUGGCCUCAGGGGGCUAUAGCUUCUUUCCUCAGCUGUCAGGGACCCCGACCUUCCUUCCUCAGCAGCCCUUGAGAGACAAGAGGCUGGGGCCUGGUUCUUCCCAGGAAGCUUUUAAUGGUUGUAGCUUUGUGUAAUCCCCUCAGAGACACUCCUCAUUCCCACCAUCUGCCCAAGGUCAGGAUGUCCAAGGUGUGAGGUCAGUGGCCCACCCAGUGUCCCCAGGACGUAGCUGCUCUGGAAGGCCAGAGUCCGAGAGGAAGGACACGAGCCCAGUCUUGGAACUCAGCGUGGCCCCCAGGGGCGGGCUGGCUGGGACGGGGGUCCACGUCCUGCUCCCCACCCCGUGUUGCCUUAGUGGUUGGACUCUCAGGGAUUCUGGGCCAGGGCUGGGGGCAGGGGCAGGGGCAGCAGAGCAGUCUUCAGUGUCCACCAAGACCUCCGAGCCUGGUCCCCAGUCCUGGUUCCUGCCCACCCCUCACCGAAUAACCACUGACCCCAACCCAGCCGCUGUAGGACCUACAGUGUGAGGUGAAGACCUCACCCCACUUCCCAGGGGCCUUCCUGCUGGGCUGCCUUUGACUCUAUUGUGUGUGGAGGGGGUGCUGGAGAUGCCUUGGUGGGAGGGUCGGAUGUAGCUGGGGAAACCAUGAAUACUUGAACUCCACCUCAUGCCACACUCCACGGCCUGUGGGGCCCUCUUGGAGGUGGGUGGGAGGACCUUUUCUACCUUGCACAGUUGAGGGCUGGGGGGUCAUGGGGAGAAGUUCUUGAUGAAGCCAAAUGCAUGGAGAGGUUGCAGGUGGUGCCUGCUGGCCACCUACACCCCCAUCGUAUGAUGUUAUUUGCAAAUAAACCGUGCAAUGCCCCCA